CCGGUCUUUAGUCUGGCAGUUCCCAAGUUAACGGUUGCAGUUUCCCUUGGUGAAGGCGGAGGCUAGCGGCUGUGAGCUCGGGCCUCUCCGAGCAAAGGCAACUUCUAGAUGGCAAUCAAACAAGCCAUCGCACCACGCUUCCUUGCCUCCUGCCGCCUGCCUGCCUCGACGUCUCCCCUACCGUCGCCGAACGACUGCCGUGCCCCAACGUCGCGUAUACCUGCUUCUGACGCGCCUAAGCACCCCGCGCCGACCUCCCGACCUUCUCAGUCGCAACAUCAAUCCAGGAAGAACUUGCCUUCGUGACAGCGACAGACUGCCCUAGGCACCAGCGACUCCGCGCCCAGGAUACCCUACACCUUGACAAGCACUGCCUGGACCAUGGCAAUGGACGCCAAAGAGAUCGAGCUCCGUGGCAAGGCCAUCGGAAAGGCUGUAUCUGAGGGCGAGCCCAGCGCUUCUGUGCUGAAGCUGCUUAAUGACCUGAAGACGGGUGUGCACGCGACCGAGGACCUCUUGCGCUCAACACGAAUCGGUGUCACUAUCAACCGUCUGCGAACUCACAAGGACCCCGCAGUACAAAAGCUCGCAACAGAAUUGGUAGCAAAGUGGAGGGAUGAGGUCAAAAAGAAGCAGCCCCCCAAGAAGGACGGCCCGGCAAAGGCAGUCGCGAAUGGAGGUGCAGCCUCUUCCCCCGCUCCUCCACCCUCAGGAACCGCGUCUCCGGCACCAAAUCUGGCCAAGAAGAAGCAUGAUGUACCCGCCGACAAGCGCAAUCACAAGACAGACAAGGUCAAGUACCAGGUGACUGGAAAUGAGGCGCGCGACAACUGCGUUAGGCUGAUGUACGACGGUCUGGCCUUCAUGAGUGAAGCGAUGCCCGACGAGAUUCUCAGCGUCGCAAAGCAAAUCGAAGCCGCUGCUUACGCCAAGGCUGGUAGUGUAAACGACACUUACAAGGGCAAGAUGCGCUCGCUCUUCCAGAAUCUCAAGAGCAAAUCGAAUCCCCAGCUUCGCAAGCGUGUACUCGCUGGCGAGGUGCCCGCAGACAAGUUCGUCGUCAUGACACAUGACGAGAUGAAGUCGGACGCGCGACGAGCAGAAGACGAGAAGCUGGAACAGAUCAACAUGAAUCAGGCCAUGGUUGCACAGGUCGAAAAGGCCAUUUCCAAGGAGUUCCAGUGCGGAAAAUGCAAGCAAAAGAUGGUCAGCUACAGUCAAGCGCAGACCAGGUCUGCUGACGAACCGAUGACGACCUUUUGCGAGUGCAUGAACUGUGGUAAUCGGUGGAAGUUUUCAUAGAAGAGACCUUGGUAGAACAGGUGUCGUCGAUGCGUGGUGUAAGAGUACAGUGCGUUGCGAUGAAGAUCGUAGUAGCGGGCGUUUAUAAAGGGGCACUGAGAGCAUUUAGUUUACUGCGGAACGUUGUCUGCGUUUCAACUUUCCAGUCUAGUCUGCCAAAAGCAGGUACAGACUUGUCUUCUUUCGAUACGGAUCAGCAUGGUCAUCUAUCCAAAUGUAAUCCUGAACAAACCUUUUCAUCAACUGCC